AUGGGCUAUCUUCUGAUCCAUCGAGCAUGUCUAAACGGGGAUGCUCUCGUUGUAGCUGCAUUGAUUCAUAUUGGAUGUGACCCUUCUGCCAAAACUGAGGCAGGACUAACCGGCGUACAUUUAGCGGCGAUGCGCGGUCAACUGGUCAUACUAUCGUUAUUAGCUGAAUCUGGGGUCAAAUUGGGGGAGUUCGAUUCACAGAACAAGCUACCGUUGCACUACGCAGCUGCUAACAAUCAGGUCAUUGUUGCCGCCUGGCUUCUCCAAGCCACCAAGGUGGACUGGACAACCGCCUUUGAUGGAGCUGGUCGCACGCCACUGCAUUUGGCUAGUGAGGCGGGGCACCAAGAGAUGGUACGCUUCCUGUUGUCUACUCUAACCAAUUUGGCGUCAUUCGACAAGCCAUUGGAUCCAAUGACCCGUGACCAUUUGGGAAACACCUACCUCCACUCCGCUCUAGCCUCCGUUCCCAGUCCAAUCACACAGUAA